AUGGAGGCGUUCAUCGAAGGUGUAAGGAUGCAGCCGUGCUUAUGGAACCCCCUCAAUCCUGACAACCGCGAUAUGCACAUUAAGGACGAAGCUUGGCAGCGCGUUGUGGAACAUUACAAUAACCGAUCCAUACCGAACAUUCAAGUAGCUAAAACAGAGUGGAAGAAAUUACGAGACAACCAUCGAGAUGCGCUUAAGCGAGCAAAGUUAGGCAAAAACAAAUUGUUACCGGCACAAAUCACGACGUGGAAAUACGCUAAGGCUAUGCAGUUUCUAGAACCGCAUAUGAAAUACAGGAUAACAGAGAACAUACAAAUAGAGCCGUCCACGACACAGAGUAAUAAACCUAGCGCUAAUUUGAACGAUAGUGACGUUUCGACCACAGACAACGAAACGACAGGGACGAAUUCUAAACGACGCUGCUUAGAAAACACAGUCGUUUUGAAGUUAGAACAUAAGAAAACACAAGAGAACGACGCUCUCGAGUCAUUCUUCAAAUGUAUGUUAGAGAGUACUAAGGUAAUGCCGCACUGGAUGCAAACACAGGUGAAGAAAAAAAUAUUCGGCAUCAUUAUUGACGCAGAGGAACAGUUAUCCAUGUCGCCUCAAGAGCAAAAAGCAGGUCUAGAUGAGGCGCAUAGUUUACCUUUAGGAAAUGUGGUUAAAACUGAAGUCCAUUCCGAUAAUAGCUGCGACAUUGAUUAUAAUAGUUAG